CUGAGCGCCGCACACAGACUGUUUAUUUCUCCGAUGUAAAGACUGGGAGCAAAAAUAACGUGAUGUGACGUGAACACCAUGACACACCAGUGUACGAUCUGCCUGAAACAGUUCGAUUUUGUUUCGAAGCUCCGUCGUCACCAGCUCUCACAUUCGGGACAGAGACCGUUCACGUGUUACAUCUGUCUCAAGUCUUUCCGUCAGUCGUCUCACUUGAAAGGACAUCUGAAAAGCCACUCGAAGCUUAGACAAGUCUCACUUAUUUUAUCACAAACAGUUAGCUCUCAGACAUCAUACACCAAAACAGAGGAAAGGUACAACAAACAUUUUGGAGUUGAGAUUUCUGAAGAAGGAGAGCUCGGUGAUGAAAAAACAUGGUGCGCUUCCCUUCAGACACAAAACCAGAGUGAAUACGAACAGAGCAGUGAUGGCGUGAAACACCUGGUAUCUUAUAAUGGACAGACGUGUGACGUGUCACAGGGGAAUUACGAUGGGUUUGAGGACUUUCAGUAUUCAGAGUACGCUAAAAUUCAGCCAGGUUCAGCAAAUAACAAUGUUGGAAAACAAGAUUAUCUAAAAGCAGGUGAUGCAGGAAUACCUGAGGAAAAAACAGUUAAUAUGACCCAUAGGCACCAGUGUUCGGUGUGUCUGAAACGUUUCUCCGCACCAUCAAAACUUAAGCGUCACAUUUUAAUCCACAGCAUUUUUAGACCUUUCUGCUGCGAGUUCUGCCCUAAAGCUUUCAGGCAGCUCGCUCACUUAAAAAUGCACCUAUCCACUCAUUUUACGCAGAGACGCAAAGAGACAAAAGAAAUCCUUCAUGGAAACACCGUCUCGCAGAAUAUUCCGAUUCAUCCACUGGAUACCAUGGUGUAUAGUUCUGAUUCAUCAGUGAAACAGAAGUGCACAGAAGAAGCUGGAGAUCUUGAAAAUGAACUUAAAGAGUCGGAAAACGUUCAUAUGGAGUCGUUUCCUGAAAAUAUAAGUUUAAAUACGUCUGAAACAACUUGGAUUAAAAGCAAAGUUGGACAUGAAUGCCCCGUGUGCCACAAAUGUUUCAGCGCCCCAUCAAAGCUGAGAAGGCAUUGUCUCACCCACACAGGUCAGAGACCGUUUCAGUGCUCGUUAUGCUGCCGUGCGUUUAGGCAGCUCUCCCACCUUAAAGCACACCACAGUGUUCACGCCGCUCCCAAAAAGAAAUUAACCUCUGCACUCCAGAUGCAUAAAGUCACCCACACUCAGCCUUCUACAUCCAAGGCUAGGCUCAGGCGUUUUGUCCACAUCAGCCUUGCGAGGAAGUUCAGAUCUGCAAAACAGAAACUUUUGUCACCUGCUGCAGAAAUUAAUCUCCAGGAGAAUAAUUCACUACCCUGUGCCGUGUCCUCAUCCGACCAAGAGAUCAACGGUAGACAAGAUUACUCUUGCUCCGUCUGUUCAAAACACUUCAACGCUCCUUCUAAGCUUCGACGCCACAUCCUGAUUCACACCGGGCAACGGCCUUUCAGGUGCUCACUUUGCUUUAGAGGCUUUAGACAGAAGUCCCAUUUGAAGUCCCAUAAGUGUAAUAGAGGAAGCAGAGGAACAUUUCAGUCUAGCACAAGUGAAGUCCAUCUGAGAGACCCCCAGAUUCCAGAUUCCAGAUCUAACUUAAGCAUCAGAACAGAGAAUGAGUUUGCUGAGGAGAAUUCUAUGUCCAUCAGUAAAACAGGAGACAGCUAUGUCUGUUCUUCUAGAACUAGAUUUGCCGCCAAGUCUAUCCCAAAGGACAGUAUGGAUCACACAUCUCUUUCCUACAAAGCCAUAUGUAGGCCUCUGGAAGAAGCCAGUCAGAGUAAAGGAUCUGGGUACCAGUGCACGGUAUGCUUUAAAAUAUUUGACUUCCCUUCCAAGCUUUCUAGGCAUAUCCUCAUCCACAUGGACAUCAAGCCUUUCAAGUGUAGCAUCUGCAGCAAGUCCUUUAGGCAGCUCUGUCACCUGCAGAACCACUCCAAGGUUCAUGCCGGUAGAAAGAACGUGCUCUGCCAAGAAACUUUCAAGAACAGAAUAGGAACCUCCAUCCCAGAAACAAAUAACCAUACAAAAAAGUCUGGAAAACCUCCAGUUUCACAGAGACCAGAUCCUUAUUGUGGCAAACAAAAAAAUAAUCUGUUUAUUAGUUCUUCACAUAAUCAUUCUGAAAACAUAGAGGAAUUCACACCAAAUAUACAGAGCACAAGCUCUCCACUUAAAGUCCAUGAAGGUGAAAACUCUUACAGCCAGAUAAAAAGAAAUCCAAAUCAGUGCAUCUUUUGUCUAAAGACUUUUGAUUUUCCAUCAAAGCUUUCAAGACAUUUGCUGGUGCACACCGGGAUCAGGCCAUAUGAAUGCCGUGAUUGUUGCAAGUCAUUUAAGCAGCUCAGCCAUCUUCAGUGUCACCAGUGGGUCCACAAUAAAAAACAUAACAGUGAGCUUGGAGCUAGCGUUGCAGAUCAUCAAAAUUCCAUCUUCUGUGCUAGGACCACCCUGACUGAUGAACCAGACCUUCAUCAAGAGAGCUCUGAAAGUUUAGCCAUGGUUAAACAAGGUCAGGCUGGAUACACUGUGCAAGUCCACAAUCAGGAAGGGGUUUCUCUGGACAACAACAACGGCUGCCCUUCAGAUUCAGGUCAUGGUGAGAGCAAGGUCAAGUCUGAGACAGAUCUUCUGGUGGAUACGUCCAUUUAUCCUACACUAAAACACGAUUCAGAUCCAUCCAAUGCUGAUAGGACUUCAAAUAUAAUAUUUUACAAAUGUCCAAAUCAACAGGCUGACAAAUUUGAGAAAGAGGAUUUUAAAGUGUGUUUAAACACAGCAAGUGAAGUUGCUGAUAUGAUUACCAGGAUUCCAGUUAGGGAUCAACAAGAAAUGGUCAAAACUGGAGAUCCUGGUUCUUUUGCUCAAAAGAUUGAUCGAACAAAUUUGAACAGUUUUCCCUUUUGUAUUCCUGAGGACUCUUUUCAGAGAUCUCCAGCUAUCCCUAAUUCUUAUAAUUCCAGGCAGGGUGAAGGUCAGAAUCAGCACCUGACAGAACCUCCAAAUGACCUGCCAAUAUGUCCUUCCUGCAGCCAGUGCUUUGAUUCAUUAAAAGACCUUAAUGCACACAGUUGUCCAGUUAACUGUCCUACACAGAGAGUCUCAAAGGCCUAUCAGUGCGCCGUUUGCUUCAAAAACUUCGAAGCACCUUCUAAGUUAAAAAGACACUACGUGAUACACACGGGACAGAGACCAUAUCGCUGUAAUGUUUGUGGCAAAGACUUUACUCAAUCAAGUCAUCUCAAAACACACAUGAUGUCCCACAGGUAGCUAACAAAACCCCAGAAGAUCUAGAGUGUUCUGGCUCAGAGCACAGGGCACAAGAUUGCCAGAGAAAUAGAAAUAGAAAAAAAUUUCAAGUAUUGCUGUCAAAAAGAAAUUAAAAAAAUAAACAUU